AUGCGACUUGCGACAUUACUCGUUGCUCCCAAAAAUUCGUCCGACUACGAAGCUAUAGAAUCGCUCUACGACCUAUGUCCUGAAGAGAAUCUUUCUCAAAAGGACAAUUCGUCCGAAACCUUAAGAACGUUAGCGAGCGAUCAUUCGUCUAUGACCAGUUUUAUGCGAGGACUUGAGAGUGGUAUAAAUUGGCCCAAAGCACUCGCUUUUUUAUUCAACGACCCUAUUCAUGUGAUUUCUGAAGAACCGUGGAUCUUGCUUGGAUUGCAGGUGCUCGUGAUGGUAUGUCUGUGUUGUCGACGUUCGUGUUGUACGUGUUGUAACUGUUGCCGUUGUAUCGGUGGUAGAAAAUCGAGGCGCCGCGCUGUAGAAGAUACCUAUCACAUUCCUGACGUCAAACGUGGUAUCCUCGUUUCUGCACAAGGCUCCAACGCGAAAAAAUACGUCACUCAACGGCGUUCCGCUUCCGCUAAUGAAGCGUCCAGCGCCAGCGCCACCGUCAAGGCUGCGGAGGUGAACGCAUGUCGUGCCGUCAGUACUGUCGAAUUGUGGAGUGGUGUUCCGUUAGAUGUGGAUGUGGUACCGUUACAAACAAAACCUGUUACUGUAUCCGAUGAUAGCAUACCAUGGAUUGAUGCUGAAGGAACGAAUCCUGAAUGUUGCAGGCACAAACACAAACCCGGUUUCAGACCAUUAAGAGGAUCCUCCGCUCCUGCUGGUACGUCGGCGGAGCCAUCUCCAACGCCUUGUGAAUCGACAGUACGAAAGAGAAAGAUCAAGAAAAUGGAGAAAAAAAGCAGUGGUGGUGGAUUUUUCCAGCGCUGGUUCGGUGGUGGAGCACCGCCGGAGCGUGAACGCACCACGUCACCAUCUCGUGCCAUAUCACCGUACCGUGACGAGAACGAUUACGCCACAAUUGACCGGCUUCGAUACGGAAAGAGGGAGUCAUCGAUGCCUGCCUCACCACGUAAUGUUCGUUUCACAGAGGAUCCAUCCGGAACACAGAAUAUGACCAGUAGUAGUAGAGCACAAAUGCAAUAUCGACCUAGAGCCUCUGGAAAUCCACGUGGUCCCGGCUCACGAAGCACACAACAGUCGCUCACACAAUUAGAUGAAGCCACAAUGGAUUUGCUUAGAAUUAGUACCGAACCCGACUCUCCCACUAAACCUGUAGCAUUUACGUCCUCUAAGAGGAUUAACCCAGCUGCCGAUUAUCUGCCAAAAGCCGCGUCCACUAGUUCAGUUAAUAAAGUGAUUAGGAGUGCGGACGGCGGUCGUCUUCGUGUAGCAAACGUAUAUACAUGGGAAAAAUUGGAUACGGAGGACGUUGAGGAAGUGCUCGAUGCGCGGAAUCAGAUCAAGAACGUCGAUCCGAAUCGUAUGCGAUCCAGUGGCCUGUCGCCACAGGCGAUAAGACGUAAUGAGACGGAAAUAUACGAAUCACAUGAUCAGUACGUUGAUGAGCGACAGGCUUACGGAUUCACAUCACAACCGCGCCGACAAAAUGACGGUGUGGUGUAUUCAGUGCCAUCGAAUGGGUAUACGGGAGAAUCUCCGCUAGGUUCCCCCUAUUUCCCAAGGAAAGAUCAAGCCAGCUCUAGUCAAGCAGCACAACUGCUCACAUCGCCGUACGCACAACGUCGGGAAGUACUACCGCCAGUACCACGACAUCAGACACCUCCUGGAACACGUCGUACGGAAACCAUUGUGGACUAUGAGAAGAAAAAACAAGGACCACCGGUGGUCCGUACAACAGUGGAGGGGAAACUUCGCAUGGAAAAGAUCGUUGGCGCUGAUUUGAUCACUGUCGAUAGUUGUGUGUCAAGUGCAUGGACGGUUCGUGACACGGUCACCAACUACAAGAUAAAAUCGACUAUCGGAAAGAAGAGCCUAAUUCUGGAAGAAGUCAAAGAUGGGCAUUCGAAGUUCAAGAUCACAUUGAUCGAGAACGGCGAGACGAAAAUGGAGCGGGAGGCAACGUUGGAGGUUCCUGAAUUUAUGAACAAAAAGGAAUAUCUGUCGGAAGUUGGCCAACGCCUCCUAAGAGAUCUUAAGGAAGAUGCGGAUGCUGUCAGUGCCGUCACACAUGUGGAAGUCGAAGUGGUCGAAGAUGUGACAAACAUCCUAAAGACGUAUGUGAUCGGUGAACGAUCGGACUUCGUGGAGGAAGAAGUGGUCCAUGCAAUCCAUUACGAGGAAACGGUUGCCAAGACUCCACCGAUGGUCGAGGAGAAAAAAGUGGAGCGCAUCUAUGUGGAUACAUUCGAUCGAGAGGUGCAGCGAGAGCCGGAGAAGGCCGAAAUCCUACUUCUUCAGGAAGGAAUUCACUUCGAAGGCGAAGGAGCGUUAAGAAGACUUCGUCGGCUGGAGACUGACGAUUCCGUGGAGAUCACGCACAGAGCGCGCUGUGCCAACGUUUUUGCUGACUGCAGUCUAAUGCGAAGAGAGGAUAGUUCGACGUUCACUGUGUACAUUGAUGUUCCUCUCGUUCAAACUAUAUCAAUGAUCCUCUACAAAAGGCGAAUGCCAUGGGAAAGACGUCAAGAAACUUCGAAAGCAUAUGCGAUGGAGCAAGCCGGACAAGUAUUCGAGGAUCAAGCGAAUCUUCAACGAGUUCGCCGAUUCGAAUCAGCUGAGGAAGAGGAGCAACAAAACAUGGUCACUAUUCUACAGCAAGAAGAAGUAUUCCAAAGAGCAGUGGUCCAUGAAGUAAGAGCAGAGAGAGAACUCAGAGAAAUUGAGGCCGAAGGUGGCAACUACGAGAUGGAACAGCAGGGUCAGCAGAUCAAAGGUGAGAUGGUCAUCAAACGUCGAGGAAGAGCUCUGGAAUCGCAGUCUUCAGAAGAACUCCCACCUCCGAAGAAGAUCGUCAUGCAGGAGAGAGAAGCUGAAGGUGGCCAGUAUGAAAUGGAGAUGCAGGGCAUGACUCUCAGAGGUGAAAAGACAUUCCGACAUGAGGGUAGGAGAUAUGAAUCUGAGUCUGAAGAGUCCUGGAAUGGCGGUUCACCAACGAUCGUGGACCUUGUAAAGAAGGAGUCUGACUCCUAUUUUGACGUCGUUUUCGAAACAGCCAACAAUUACGAACCUCAGGCGAUGUUUAUCAAACGAGCUGUCCUGAAAAAGGAAUCAUGCGAGGUCAACUCUGCCUUCAUGGUCCCAUCUGACGACUCCGAGGAGGCGUCAGCAGUCAGGAAAGAAAAACUUGUUUGGCGCGAGAGCUAUAAUGGAAGGGAGUUGAGCGAGCAGUACGCAAAUGUGACCAUCGGCAUGCAAAAACUGAUCAAGCCUAAUGAAAAAGAGCAGGAGAUUAUGAGCAAUUUGGCAGCUGUUGCUCAGAGUAAAUCCGAAGCACGAUUCCGUGAAAUGAGGGAAGAACAGGCGAUGAUGUUAUAUGGAUUUGAGAACACACGUCCAAGCAUUGGUGAAGCAAAGACUGUAAGAAAAGAGAAAACCGUCAAUGGAGCUAGCUUCUUCACCUCGGCAGCAGAGUUUGAACAUGUCACGCUCGCCACAGGAUUGACUAGCAGCGGAGAGAUGCUUGGAGUUCAGGGUUCAUCCAAGACACCAAACAGUAUCAGCGCUUCGGCAAGAUUCAACGAGAUGUCCUCGGAGCAUGCGACAAGCGUAAUCUUCCUCCAGAAAGAUCAGAGACAACAAGAUCACUACGUUGAAGGGAUUGCCAAGGACAAGCACUUCCGAGGAGAACUUCUGCAAACCAAAUCAUCUUCGGAAAGUGCCAUCACCUCCCAUCUUGCCUUACAGAAAGCUGCUUCCUAUCCAUCUUUCAUGGAUGUGCAAAAGUGCUUUGCAUCCGUCAACAAGACCACUUCCGGAUUCCGCUCUUGGGCUUCUGAAAGUCACACGACCACUUCGACUAUGAUGUUGAGCAAAGGUGCGGCCACCCAAACAGCUGCCGUGAAGGUCCGAGAUGGACAUCGACAGGAAACGACCACACAUAUCGCCGAGUAUGGAAAUGCCAUGGAGCACUGUGCAGUGAUGCUGAAAAACACCGGAGGAGCACAUGGAGUAACGUCGGCCGCGUUAGCUGAAGCGGUCACAGGUGGGUUAUUAGACCUAGACACUCGUACGACACAAAAAUCCUUCCACCUCACCAACUAUAAAACGUUCUUACCUCCACGUGGGGAAGCGCAAAUAGCGUGGCCACAAGCCACACUUAGAUCCGCCUCCUUCCAUCUCUCAAAGCUUUCUGAGCACCAUAAAAUACGUGAUGAACAUUUUCAUCAAGAUUUGCGUAUACGUCGUAAAGAUGUCAAUGCUGAGAUCACUGUGUACCUCUUGUACAAGCAAGUGUUGGGCAAUUAUGCGAUGGCAGCGCUUGGUCUGUAUCUUGGCGAACGUAUCCGUAAAAUCCACGACGAACGGCAUACUCGUGAUGAGCUUUUCACUUCGGAAAAGCUCUACGAGUCCUACAAUCGUGAGAUGGAGUACACGGACGAGUUCGAACGUCUGGAGGCGAGCAAGCUUCUCGUUACAGAGCGCAGCUAUACGAAAGGUCAUAUGGUGAUACAGCUAAGUGAUGCUGAAGAAUUUGUGGCAGUAGGCCGAUUCAAUUCCUUAAUGGAUCAGUACGUGAGAUGCGGUACAGAGGCAAAAGACAAAGAAACAAUGACAGACGAAAUUCAAGAUAUACAACAACAACAACAACAACAACAACAACAACAACAACAAAUCCAAGCGGGAAAAUUCCCAACACAAAAAGAACAAGAAGAAUACGUAACGUCGACCAUGCAACAGCAACAAAUGCUGCGCUCUUCAGCAUCGGUGCAACAUAGUACGUAUGAAGAGGAAAGCAGGUCGCUUAGAGCGGAAACAAAAGAGGAACACAUUGAAAAAGAACACACAAUGAAGCAGACAAUAGCAGAAAAUGCUGCUGUCAGCGUUAGAGAAGUUGGUGAUGAAAAAGUUGGUAUUGAGGUGAUGCAGGUUACUUCCGGAAAUAUUGGUGAAAGGUCUCAAGUAGUACAAAAAGUACCGGCUAUGGAUGGAGCUAUUCAAACAGUACGUGGGUCCACCGAGGAAACCACAAGCGGAUUCUGGAGCACGUAUGGCAACGAUGAACAUGUCGCCACUAAUCUCACUCAGUGGCCUACCACAACUCAACUAAUUGAGAGGAAAGUCGUGGAAACCUCAGAAGAGUUUGCUGCAGCGGAUUCUAGAUUCCAGUUGUAUCCAUGCCAGUCUACAACCAGUGUUCUGAAACAAACACAGGAGUCCAUGACAGAGAGAGAUUUUAGUGUUGAGCGUGAUUUACAGGAAGCGAGCUUUGUUCGUAAAGCUGCAAUUGAGCGAAGCCAGGUCAGCUUGUCAGAUAUGGAGAGAGAAGCAACAACUUCGUUAGCUUAUGAGUUUGGACAAGAACAGGCAAAUCUUUCCGGAACGCUGGGAAGACUCACGCCAAGACCGGAAGCUGCGGAAGCGACGGAACACUCACGUUCCCUAAGCUCCACCUUACAGCAUGAAGCUACAGUAACAUCAAGUCAGCAACGUUCUACAUACAUGGAAGAGAGCAUUUACAGAACUGAAUCCACUGUAGAAGUGGGCUCCGUCAGCACUGUUUCUCACGAAGACUCAACCUACUUUACUGGUCAAGAAUUCAAGCAGGAAAGAUCGGAUUUCAGUGGUAAUUUAACCUCGGAUGUACUGCGAAGUGCACAUGACGAAAUGCUCUUCAAAGACAUCCGCUCUGACUCAGCAAAUUUGCGGUCGAGACAAGCAACCGAAAAUACAACGUUCGGAUCAUGGGAUUCAAAUGGGCGUAUCGAAGACACAUCCCGAACAAUGACCACCAAAUCCUACGAGUCCUUGGUAACGUCCAGAGAAAUGCCAGCUUCCAGCGAAGAGCAAAUCUUUGUGCAUUCGGAAAUCAAAUAUAGCCCGAGCGAAGCUCAAAAUGCUAGUCUGAGAGACCGCCGAAGCGAAUCGAUUGAAAAUAAAUUCGGGAUUUCUAAGUCAGAGAACCAGUUAAUAUUGACUAAGCCGACGCCAGCAGCUGGUGGCACGGAGACGUUACGGGAUAGCUUAUAUGCGAAGCAAGAACAAGUCUUCCGCCAAUACAGUGAUGAAAGCGUAGGAUUGUUCAGCUCUAUAGGAUCGCUGACACCACGAACAACAGAAUCCGAACAGACAUCGAUUUCUGUAAAUGAAAUACCUAUAUGGAGGAGUGGUGCUUCAAUGAGAGCAGCGUCGGAAGAAAUUGUAGGAACAGCAGAGAGAAUUAGGCGAGAUGAACACUCCGCAGCAGUUCAGUUGGCUCGAAGAAUUGGAUUAAUGGAGAACAUCUCUAUGAGCAGCAAGAGCAGUAAGGAAGCGUCCGUGGGAAUAAACACAGCUUAUUGCUCGGAAUCUCCAACACAAGCAAUCGCUCAUUCUACCCUUGCCACGGUGGUGAAGGAAGUGAUCUCAUUGUUGUCGUACGAACCUCGUGAAGAGUCCUUGUACAGUUCAUGGAAGACAGGUGAAAUCGAGGAGGCAACGGGUGCAAUCCAAGAGCCCAGUAGAAUAUCUGCUGCAGCUUCAAAACAGAUGGUGGCACCUACAGAGCAUGUCAUCGAACAUUCUUCUCAGUUGAAGAGGAGUGAACAUCUGGAAGAGCACGGAAGUCUAGAGACUAGAUCUGCUGAACAAGCUGAAGGCACAUUCCAGAUUUCGUCUCAAGAACGUACUUUCGCUCUCUCUUCUUACCCUAAAGAUGCUACGCAAAGUGCGGCAAUUCGAAGCGACAGUACAGCAUCUGCCUCAGCCCAUCUACAUGAAUUUGGCAGAGAAAGUGCACACGCAGAAAGUUUUACGUCCACAUUGUCUGCUCCUCGUCCAGCCUACGAGGAAACUAUCAGAACUAUGCCAAUUCGACGUGAAAUCCUACUUGGGCUUCAAACUAAGGCAAGCACGAAAGAAGUUGCAGAGUUGUUGGAAGAACUCUCGAAACAUGAACAAAUUGCUGAGAUUAGCAUGGUGAAGGAGAUGAUUAUAAGGUCACAGCACUCACUGAGUAGUGCCGCAACUGCCACUUUGACCGCUGCCGUUUCCGGAGCGCUCAAAAAGCCAGCAGAAUCAUGGAGUAUCGCAGCGACAAUUUCCGAAAAGCUCAAGGAAGAAAUCCGAGCGAUAAAGCGCUUUGCAACUGAAGAGGUGAGCGGAACAUGGAGAACAGUCGCCGACGCCAACACUGCCAGCACUUCAUGGCCAGUAACUCGUAAUCAGUCACUGGAAGAAAAAAUGAAAGCAGUGGAGAUAACGUCGAUAUCAAUGGAAUCAAACUUAUCGAUGAGUCCAGAAGAACAAGUGUUGCAUCGACGACGUCACGAUGUGGCCGAGUCCACAGAACGGUUAUUCGCCGUAGAGCUAGAAAAGGUUUUGGCUGAAUUUAGAUCUAAAGAGGAGUCCGAACAGCAGUGUAGUAGGGCUUUACCAAUGUCACAGCAGGCAAGGGCUGAAGCCAGUGCCACAGAAUACGGCCAUGUAGAGACUUUCAGUCGAGGUGCUAUUGGUACAUUAGUUCAACCAUCUGAGAAACACGAGACGGCCGAGAAAACCAUGCACCGAUUCCAUCUUCUGCAGUUGGCAUACACAACCAAAGCCACUCAGGAGGAGCAAGUCCAACUUGAGAAGAUGCUAGAGCGUUUCGGGCAGGAUCACGCGAUUAAGAAGGUUCUCGAAGUUCUACAAACUGAAAGACUCAUGCUUAGUGGCUUUGCUACUCGAACUCUUACCAAAGCGGUAGAAAAUGUGCUCAAAAAAGGGUCUGAUCGGGAAGAACUGCAACAGAAUGUGACAGAAGCGGUCCGAACAGUGUUGUCCAUGGCCAUCAAAGAAGUUGUCGAUGAAGACGCUUUCACAAUGAUAAGGAGCCGUGAAAUAUCAUCUGAAGCAACAUUGAUGGUAGCACUGGCUUCAGUGGAGUCAUUGAUGGCUAAUGUGAAGGCACCAUUGGAAGAAAAAAUUGAGAUACCAUCAUUGCUAGAACGUAUAUCUUCUAAAACUACCUCUGCUACACUUCCUGAAAAACCCAAAGCUUUUUGGAGAAAGAAAUUUGGCACUCAGGAUCAGAUAUUAACCGUUGGAUUCCAUAAAAACACACAGAAAGAUACUUCAACAGCAACAAUUCCACAAACAACUGUUGAUGAGGCGUUGGGCACAGCGAGAGAGUACGGACAAGAAUCCGUGUAUAUUCACGGAGGGCUGCAAAUGGUUGCUGAACGUUCAGCGCAGUCAGAAGGUGUAGAGAGUACUCAAAAAGGACGUCGCUACCUCCAAUUCCUUCAUGGAGUUCGAGCUACAAGCGAGGAGCAAAGCGAACUGGUUAAACUACUCAGUAAAUACCAGGACGAUGAGAGUGUAGCUGCUGUUGUUCAGGAUUUGACGAAACAGAGAAUUGCAUUAAGUGGUCUAGCAACGAAGUCCAUCAUGACUUCAGUAGAGCAUGAAAUUCAGCAUGCUGAUGAUACGAGUAACGUUAGCAAGAGAGUUUCAGACGCGCUUCGUUGUGCGGUAUCAAGUGCUGUGAAGGAGAUACUAGAUGAAAACACAUUCACGAUCCUUCAGAUGAGAACUGCAACAUCUGCUGUCCAAAUGGCUGUGGCUUUGUCAUCGCUGACCACGGCUUGUGCAAAUAUCGUGGCUCCGAAAGAAGUUACCACAACAUCUAGCGUAGAGCUUGCUCGUUCAGUGUCAGAAUCUCAGGAUUCAACACUCCAAAUUCGAGCCACUUCUGCGGAGAGAAAGUUUGCUGUCAGUGCGGAAACCCUGACGAAAAUUCUAGAGUACGUCUCAGAAGAAAGUAAAGCUGCUCGUUCCAUUGCUACCCAGGUUCGUGACCAAGUAACAAACGUAGCGAAGGAAUUAGGCAGCGAGUCAAUAGUAGUUAACGCAUCCUUCCUGACCUUAGAAAAACCUACAAUUGAGGGUGAAGAAGUCGAAAGCAGGCAAGAACGACCGCAACAUCUUCAUGCCUUGCAUAUCACCAGAGCUUCGACUGAAGAAAAAGCGGAGCUAGUGCGACUUCUGAGUAAAUAUCAAGAAAACAUGGAAGUAUCGAAGGUAAUCGAACAAUUGUCAUCUGACAAAGCAGAAUUUAGUGGUUCGAUGGUAAAAGAACUGAUCACCGCGGUUAAAGAACUGCAGAGAAAUCCUCAAUCAGUCGAUACAAGCACUGUCGCCAUGGAAGCAAUCCACAAUGUGGCGUCGAAAGCUGUCAAAGAAAUCGUUGACGAGACAGCUUUCAUUGUGGUGCAGUUCAUUGAAACGGCAUCGACAGCACAAUUGACGAGAACUUUGACGGCCUCAGAACAAAUUGAGGGUCGUAUGUAUUCAGCAGAACAGAAGGAAACAUCGCUUACUUCUGAAUUGACAAAAUGUCUCGCUUUGGGUGAAGCCACAACGCUACCAGAGCAACAUCGAGCCUACAUACAGGAGCGAUUCGGCGCUAAUGUAGAAUCACUAAGUUCUUCUAUUCAAAAACCAGAUUCUCAAGAAUCAUUAGCUAGACAUCUGAAAGACAAAACCACACUCAAAGUAGCGGCAGAUGCUCGCGAGUACAGCCGCGAAGCCGCCGAAAUCAUGGCGCAGCUAAUAAAUCUACAACAUCCUGUAGAACAGAGUGCCGAAGUGAGAGCACUACUAAAUCAACAUCGGUAUCUCCAUGUUCUUCAUGGAUGCAAGGCUACAGCUGAAGAACAAGCUCAGCUAAUCAAAUUACUAGAACGUUACCAAGAUGAUAAACAGGUGGCAUCGGUUCUCAGAGAACUGACUACCGGAAACGUUACCUUCAGUGGGUUAGCUACUAGAACAAUCAUUACCUCGAUCGAAAAAGUAAUUGCGCGAGUUCCGGAGUCUUCAGACAUAAUUCUGAGAGUUUCCGAGGUCCUUCGCUCUACGCUUACUGAAGCACUGAAAGAAGUAGUAGAGGAAAAUUCGUAUACCGUACUUCAAAGCAGAGAAGCGAUAUCAACGGCAGAACUGGCUGUAGCCUUAUCAACUUUGCAAACAACGUAUGGAUCUGUAGGAGCCUUCGCGGGAGAUUCCACAUCCACAAAUGUUGAUCUUUCGGCGAGACCGCUCUCUUCUAAAGAAGUGAUUAUUCCUAUCCAAAGAAAAUCUUCUGUUGGACGAGAGUUUGCCAUCAGCGCAGAGGUGCUCCAUACGGUUUUGGAAAGUGUUUCUGAGAUUCAAAGCGUUACUGAGACACGAUGGCAGAGUUCUGAACAGAGAACAUCUGGGAGCACACGAGAACAAGGAAGAGAAUCUGUCGAAGUUGGAGCUACUCUUCAGACACUUCCACAACCUCUUCCCGAAACUGAGGAGUCUUUCCUUACAAGGACAGUCUCAUCAGAUAUUCAUAUUUCACAUGCUAUCAAAGCAACCAAGGAAGAAAUUGUGGAACUUGUAAAAUUAUUGAAAAAGUUCCCCGAAGAUGUAGAAGUGGCCAAAAUAAUUAAUGAAUUGAUUUGUGAGAAAGUGAAGCUUAGCUCAUCUGCAGUGAAAGUAGUAACAUCGAUAAUUACUGAGCUUCUUAAGGGACCACAAUCAGAGACUACUAGUAGAUUAGUCGUAACUGUUGUGCGAGAAGCAAUAUCUGCUGCAAUGACGCAAAUCGUUGAAGAAACUACCUUCAAUAUUCUGAAAUUCAUCGACGUUUGCUCAACGGCUCAACUUGCCACUGCUUUAGCCAACGCAGCAAAUGUAGAAGCACGUCUUCGUGCAGCGCAAGUGGAAGAAACAGCUACUGCACAGGAGCUGGUUCGUAGCAUUGUCGCAGACCAUGCCACAACUCUUCCGGAAGAACAUCGUGCAUACAUACAGGAAAGGUUUGGCAUCAAUGUCGACACGGUCAUGACCACAUUCCAGAAGAUUACCGCUACGGAGUCCUCAUUCAAACAAUACGAAUAUAUGGAGACUCGUACAGAGGAGAAACACCUCCGAGAAUUUGGGCGGCAGUCGACACAAGUACAAGGAGAAGUGAAGGUUCUGGACCGGCCUAAAGAACAGGCAGAAAGAGCAGAAUCUACCCAAAAAUCACACCAAUAUCUGCAUUUGCUGCAUAGCGUGGAGGCAACAUCUGACGAAAAGGCAGAACUGGUGAAGUUGCUGAGUAAAUACCAAGAUGAUAAGCAUGUAGCAACCAUAGUUCGCGAAUUAACGUCUGGAAAAAUUGUCUGGAGUGGAUUGGCCACCCGAACAAUAACAGCUAUGGUUGAGCGAGAAAUAGCCAGGAACGUAGAGACUUCAGACAUAAGUAGAGUGGUUUCUGAUGUCCUACGUGCGGCUAUUUCUCAAAACGUGAAAGAGAUUGUGAACGAAAACGCAUUCGCUAUCGCUACUUCCAGAGAAACGUUGUCAGCUGCGGAAAUGACACGGGCACUGUCAUCAGUGGAAGUCGCAGAAAAAGAUGUUCAGACCUCUACAGAAGUUAGCACUUCUACUGGAAUUAGCCUCAGUGCAAAACACUCAUCCUCCCAAGAGAAAACGCUUCCAGUUCACAGUAGCUCUUACGCGGAAAGGCGAUUUGCUGCAAGCAUGCAAGUGCUGAAUUCUGUCUUAGAGAACAUUCAACAACACGAAGCAGUGUCCGCUGCAUCCCCACUAAAACCAACAGAAAAAGCGGAAGGAGCUGCACGAGAGAGAGGUAAUGAAUCUGCUGACGUCUUAACCUCAUUGAAACUCCUAGAGCGGCCAUCCUCAAGAAGCGAAGAAACUGUGAGUAGCCUAGAAACUUCUAGACGAUUGUAUUUCACCCAUGCGGUCAAAGCUACCUCAGAAGAAAGAAUGGAAUUGGUUCAGCUCCUGAGUAAAUACCAAGAACAAGCAGAAAUAUCGAAAAUUAUCGAUGAGCUUCUCUCGCAGAGCGCAGUCUUCAGCCGCUUGAUCGUUGAACAAAUUACAACGGCAGUUAAAGAACUGGAAAAAGCGCCUGAAUCACAGUUCGCCAGUAAAAUCGCGGCUGAUGUUGUACGCGACGUUAUUACAAGAUAUAUCAAAGAAUCUGUGAACGAAACAGCUUUCUCUAUAAUCCAAUCUGUAGAUACCACCGCGGCAACUCAAUUAGCCAUUGCGUUGAGCGUUGCAGAAGCUGUAGAAAGGCGGCUAAGAGCAGUGGAGGAGAAGGAAAUACACCUCGUGACGGAACUGACUAGAACUCUUUCAGAAAGCGGCACAGUCACAAUGCCUGAACAACAUCGUGCCUAUAUAGAGGAGAGGUUUGGCAUCAGUUUUGACUCUCUGCUAGCAAAUCUUGAAAGACGGGAAGAUCUGCAGACGUCGUCGCGUACACUCAGAGAGAGAACAUUCCGACAAGAAAAAUUCAGCACUCAGAAAAUUAGAGGAGAGCGUGGAGAGGUGGCUCGCGAAUACAGCAGCGAAGCUGCCGAAAUCAUGGCACAGCUAAUAAAUCUACAACAUCCUGUAGAACAAAGUGCCGAAGUAGGAGCACUACUAAAUCAACAUCGAUAUCUCCAUGUUCUUCACGCAUGUGAAGCAACUGCUGAAGAGCAAGCUCAGCUGAUUAAAUUACUAGAUCGUUACCAAGAUGAUAAACAGGUGGCAUCGGUUGUAAGAGAGCUCACAACCGGUAAUAUAACAUUCAGUGGAACAGCUACUAGAACGAUCACUACCUCGAUACAAAGAGAAAUUGCGCGGGCGCCGAAGGAUUCAGACAUCAGUAAAAGAGUGUCCGACGUCCUUCGCUAUGCAAUUACCGAAGCGAUAAAGGAAGUAGUAGAAGAAAAUUCGUUCACUAUGCUUCAAAGUAGAGAAGCGAUAUCAACAACAGAACUGGCUGUAGCUUUAUCAACACUGCAAACAAGGUAUGAGUCUGUACGCGCUCCUACGGAAGACUCCAUAUCCACAAAUGUUGAUCUUUCGGAGAGACCGCUCUCUUCUAAAGAAGUGAUUAUUCCUAUUGAUGGAAAAUCCUCUGUUGGACGAGAGUUUGCCAUCAGCGCAGAAGUGCUCCAUACGGUUUUGGAAAGUGUUUCUGAGAUUCAAAGCGUAACUGAGACACGAUGGCAGAGUUCUGAACAGAGAACAUCUGGGAGCACACGAGAACAAGGAAGAGAAUCUGUCGAAGUUGGAGCUACUCUUCAGACACUUCCACAACCUCUUCCCGAAACUGAGGAGUCUUUCCUUACAAGGACAGUCUCAUCAAAAAUACGCUUAUCAUACGCUAUUAAAGCAAGUAGGGAGGAAACACUGGAACUUGUGGAGCUUCUGAAAAGAUUUUCUGAGAAUGCUGAAGUGACCAAAAUUAUUGAUGAACUGAUCCUUGAAAGAGUUGCGCUUAGCUCGUCCGCGAUGAAUGUAGUAACUUCUGUAGUUAAAGAACUCCUAAAGGGUCCUCAAUCAGAAACCACCAGUCGUUUAGUGGCAGCUCUUGUCCGUGAAGCGAUAUCAACUACAGUGAAACAAUUCAUAGAGGAAACCACUUUCACUAUUGUGAAAUUCAUCGACCGUUGCUCGACAGUUCAACUUGCCACUGCUUUAGCCAACGCAGCAAAUGUAGAAGCACGUCUUCGUGCAGCACAAGUGGAAGAAACAGCUACUGCACAGGAGUUGGUUCGUAGCAUUGUCGCAGACCACGCCACAACUCUUCCGGAAGAACAUCGUGCAUACAUACAGGAAAGGUUUGGCAUCAAUGUCGACACGGUCAUGACCACAUUCCAGAAGAUUACCGCUACGGAGUCCUCAUUCAAACAAUACGAAUAUAUGGAGACUCGUACAGAGGAGAAACACCUCCGAGAAUUUGGGCGGCAGUCGACACAAGUACAAGGAGAAGUGAAGGUUCUAGACCGGCCUAAAGAACAGGCAGAAAGGGCAGAAUCUACCCAAAAAUCACACCAAUAUCUGCAUUUGCUGCAUAGCGUGGCGGCAACAUCUGACGAAAAGGCAGAGCUGCUGAAGUUGCUGAGUAAAUACCAAGAUGAUAAGCAUGUAGCAACCAUAGUUCGUGAAUUAACGUCUGGAAAAAUUGUCUGGAGUGGAUUGGCCACCCGAACAAUAACAGCUAUGGUUGAGCGAGAAAUAGCCAGGAACGUAGAGACUUCAGACAUAAGUAGAGUGGUUUCUGAUGUCCUACGUGCGGCUAUUUCUCAAAACGUGAAAGAGAUUGUGAACGAAAACGCAUUCGCUAUCGCUACCUCCAGAGAAACGUUGUCAGCUGCGGAAAUGACACGGGCACUGUCAUCAGUGGAAGUCGCAGAAAAAGAGGUUCAGACCUCUACAGAAGUUAGCACUUCUACUGGAAUUAGCCUCAGUGCAAAACACUCAGCCUCCCAAGAGAAAACGCUUCCAGUUCACAGUAGCUCUUACGCAGAAAGGCGAUUUGCUGCAAGCAUGCAAGUGCUGAAUUCUGUCUUAGAGAACAUUGAACAACACGAAGCAGCGUCCGCUGCAUCCUCACUAAAACCAACAGAAAGAGCGGAAGGAGCUGCACGAGAGAGAGGUAAUGAAUCUGUUGACGUCUUAACCUCAUUGAAACUCCUAGAGCGGCCAUCCUCAAGAAGCGAAGAAACUCUCCUGAGUAAAUACCAAGAACAAGCAGAAAUAUCGAAAAUUAUCGAUGAGCUUCUCUCGCAGAGCGCAGUCUUCAGCCGCUUGAUCGUUGAACAAAUUACAACGGCAGUUAAAGAACUGGAAAAAGCGCCUGAAUCACAGUUCGCCAGUAAAAUCGCGGCUGAUGUUGUGCGCGACGUUAUUACAAGAUAUAUCAAAGAAUCUGUGAACGAAACAGCUUUCUCUAUAAUCCAAUCUGUAGAUACCACCGCGGCAACUCAAUUAGCCAUUGCGUUGAGCGUUGCAGAAGCUGUAGAAAGGCGGCUAAGAGCAGUGGAGGAGAAGGAAAUACACCUCGUGACGGAACUGACUAGAACUCUUUCAGAAAGCGGCACAGUCACAAUGCCUGAACAACAUCGUGCCUAUAUAGAGGAGAGGUUUGGCAUCAGUUUUGACUCUCUGCUAGCAAAUCUUGAAAGACGGGAAGAUCUGCAGACGUCGUCGCGUACACUCAGAGAGAGAACAUUCCGACAAGAAAAAUUCAGCACUCAGAAAAUUAGCGAAGAGUGUAGGCAGGUGGGAGCAAGGCUACAAUCCGUUCAAAGUCCGCCGCCUGCAACAGAAGAAUUCACAGCGAUUAUUGACCAAUCCAGACGCGUUCAUCUUUCUCACACCACUAAGGCUUCGAAAAGCGAAACGGAGCAGUUGGUGCAGAUGUUAAAACGAUAUGAAGACCAUUCAGACAUCGCUACAACUAUUCGCUUCCUUAGCCAGGAAAGUACAGCAUUCAGUACGGAGGUAACGCAAAGCAUGACCACUACGGUUGAGCACGCCAUAGCGGCAACGACGAACGAAGAAGCAGUGGGGUCUACAAUUGCCGCGAGGUUACGAAUUCUUCUGAAUGAAUCCAUCAGAGCACUCACUGAUGAGGUGACGUAUGAAAGCUUCCAGACAAUGCCGGCCUCUAGUGCUAUUGCGACACUUCUGGUAACACUAUAUUCGCUAGAGUCUGUCAUAGCAAAGGUAUCUGAACAAGCACCUUCUGCUACAGCAGAUGUAUCCGUCGGCCAGCUUCAGCGCACUGAACAAAUACAAGAAACGCAAAUCAGCUUAGCUGAACGACGUCGUCUGCAGCUUAUCCACGUCGUAAAAGCUACUUCCGAAGAGCGAGCUGAACUUGUGCGAGCGCUUGAGAGAUAUCAAGAAAACCGUGAAAUUAGCGAAGUACUGCGCAUUCUAGAACGAAGCAAUGUAGUGCUAAGUCAGAGAAUCACCUCUCAAAUGAUAUCGAUUCUCGAAGAAAAUCGAAGCGUCCGCACGGCUGAAGCUCGAGAAGAAGUUGUGGAGAAACUACGGGAAACUCUAACCCAUACUGUUCAACUGCUCACAGAACCAACUACUUAUGCAAUGUGGCGUACAUCUGAACCAAUUACAUCACUCAGUACUCUUGUACUGACAGUAGCGUCAAUAGAACGCGUUGUGGCAAACUUUACCGCUCCGGAAGAAGUGCAGACAGAAGUUGAGACCUCUCUUCGUAGAGAGACCGCUGAAGUUAUUUCUAAGAUCCUCUCGGUCACCACCAAAUCAACUCAAGAGGCACGGCUUGGAGCAGAUAGCACCACUGAGUCAAUUACAUUAAUUAACAAGGAGAUCGAGGAGGCUUCUAUGGUAGAGGCGCCUCAAAUUCAAACGGUUCAGUCAUCGUCUGUUGUGAAGGAAUACGGCAACGAUGCUGCCGAAGCAAAUGUUAUUGCGGGGGUUCUCGCUUCACCACCUCCAGAAGCAGAAGAAGCCAGCAUAGUACGAAAGAUGCAGCAAGUGUUGUUCUUGAGAUGCGCUAUAAAAGCAUCUCAGGAGCAGCAAGAACAGCUGACAGCAUCAAUGUUCCAUGCUCUCGAUGAAGAAUCUACGAGUAAAGUUGUUAAGGUGAUAAAAGAACAAGGAACAGGUCUGUCCGCUUGUGCGACAAGCGAAAUCCAGAGCGCAUUGGAUAAGGAGUUAUUCCGUACUGGGGAAUCAGAAGAAGUACAAGGUCAAAGUGGAGAGCGCAUCAAAGCUGCUCUCACCAGAUGCAUCGGUGCGUUGACGGACGAAACAGUGCACACGCUUUGGAAGACUGCGACCAAGAGCGAGAUGGUGGAACUAGUGAAGUCUCUUGUCCUUCUAGAAGGUGUUGUUCUGGAUACUUUUGAGCCCACUGAAGCUGCUACAGAACUCGUAAAAAUGCUUCGAAGAGAAGAACCGAAGCAAUUGCUGACAAAAUUAAUGACUGCAAUAGAACAAGAGUUUAUUGAGAGAACGUUCACCUACUCCAGAAUUCAACAGGAUGUACGUGUACGUGGAGAAGAGGCUGCACAAGAAAUUCUAAGGCAAUUCCCGGAUCAACACACUGCAGCAGCCAAGAAAGCAAUUCGGGAGUACGGAGAAGAAAGUGCUAAUGUGGGCAUCAAAGGUGGAAUUCUUGAAAUCUAUGCAAAACAAGAAGAAACAACCUCUACCUACAUAAGGGACCGAAGGAGAAUCCUGUUAGAGUCGACAAUGGCUGCAGCAACGUACGAGAGUGCGGAAACACAUACAAACAUUACACAUCCAGAAGAUGUAGCAGAUUUCGUAGCCAGUAAACAAAUGCCUGUCACUAUUACUAGUUCGUUAUCCGCACUAGCGUAUUCUGAUAGUCAAAUCACCAGUGACCUUUCAAUUAGAGCUGCUGAACAAGAUAGUACGUUAAGUUUUACAGCAAAGGAUCGUAUCAAGGUGGAGGAUGCUGUUAGCACUAAACAAACUUCUGAAGAAACUGAACACGGUAUUUGGGAAACUGCGCAGAAAGCAGCGUUUAGUGAGAUCACAUUAGCACAAAAAGCAAAAGAAUUCGAUCAAAUGCAAACUGCACUGCAAGCAAGUACAGAAAAAUCAACGGAAAUCGAACAAACGUUAGCAAAUCUUCAGCAAGAAUUUGCAGAAAUGCAAAUCGCUACCAAGCAAAAGCAAAGUGACAUUAAAGAAUUCAGCAUAGCAAAUGAAUCACAAGAAGUUGAACUUGAGAAAAAACAAAGUAUGGCCGGUGAAUUCGCAAAAAUUCCAGAAGUGUCCAGAUCAGCAACAACGUCGAACGCUCACGAAUUCGGGUAUGAAGCAGCGGGGACCCUUUUCACACACGGGUAUUUACAAACAAGACCACAAGAACAGGCUACCGCCGAAUCUACAUUCAUCCAGGAUCGACGUCUUGUUGACGUCAAGACGGUUUCUGCAUCCCAAGAUGAAAGUGUGGAAAGAAGUGAAGAACUCAAAAAAGAUGUCAGAACCGCUGACACGACGGAAAAAACGACCGCCACAAGUUUGCUGGACACUUCUUCCUUGUCACUGCGAGCUUCGCAAGAGGAGCAUACGAUAAAAACAGUGGAAUAUUACAAACGAGAACAGAGAUACGACGUUGGACGAACUCAAGCGGAGAAACAAAGGUUGGCAGCGAAAGAAUCAACGCAGGAAGUCGGUGAAGAAGCCGCAUAUGGAAUCUGGAGAACUGUGGAAGGAGUUGAAACAGAAGUUUCGCUACCAAACAGUGAACGUAAACAGGAACAGUUGUCCACAUCAAUCCAUGCAUCGACAGAAGAGACGGUCGCAACUUCAAGCGAUUUCCAGAAAAUGAGUUCCGCUGAAGCGUUAUCAACAGUCAAUUUGGAGAGAACGGAUUCCACUGCCAAGAUGUUUUCGGUUGAACAACAACGUUUCGAAUCGAGAUUUACACAGCACGAAGCUCAGGCUGAACGCUCAACAGUUAUUGCCGAUGUGACAGCUGCUUCUGAUGUUGCGACAAUGCACGAAUAUGGCUCAAGCGAUAUUCAGGUUGGUGGAGCUUUGGGUCAUCUCACUCCUAAGAAAUCCGAAUCUGCUGAGGCAGCAGUCCAAAUCCCGCAUACCCAGCGACUUGAAACGCUUACGAAGAUGGCCGCUAGCACGGAAAUCACCAUAGAGAAGACAGAUGCAAUUGGAAAAGCUGAAGCCAUGGAAUCGACAGUUAUGAAAGAAGUGAUCUCAAACAAAGAAGAAGCUCAACUGUCAACACCGGGAAUGACUGUGGAGCAGGCGGUGGUGGAUUUCAACCGCAAAAGAGGAUCGACAUCAUAUGGGGUUGGGAAAUCCAUGUCUGCGACAAGCAUCGAAGCAGCUCAGAUUACAAGUAAAGAAACCUCUGUCAGUUCAGUAUUUGGUAUAUGGGAUUCCGGUAUUAGUAUAGAGGAUUCUCAAAAGACAAUUCGAGAAACGAGUGUAGAGUCGUCAGAUGUGACAUUGUCGCUAAGAGCCAGUGAAACAGAAGCGGUGCUGUCCGAAGUUGAACUGUUAAAGCAACCAACUGAUUCUGCCAUGUCUCUAGUGAAAGAUGUCCGAAAAGAAGAAGGCAGACGAGGGUUCUCUAUCGAAGAACUCGACGUAACAACGAGUUAUCAACGAUGUGCUAUGGGUGAAAUUGCUGUAACAACUGAAAAAGACAUUGUAGUAGUUUCAUCAACCGGUUCAGCAACGGAAUUUGCAAAAGAACAGGCAGAACUGGUCGCAGUACUGGGCUCUAUCGAACCACCAUUGGAAGAGUUUAAGAGUGUAUCCGUAAAACUUGAAGCAAGUAAAAAGCUUGAAUUGGAAAGUACGAUGAAGGCUACUGAAGAAGUCAGUUCUGAAACUCAGUCUCUUUUGCAAAAAGAGGAAAUGAAUAUGCAAUCAGAAAGAACUGUCAAAGAGACAACAACAGAACAAGAAAUGCGAGGCAUUAAAGCGAGCGAAUUUAGUUCAGCAGAUCAGACCGUUUCCUUGAUCUCAGGAGGAGAAAAGGGAGAAUCAGAUGUCCAAGUGACAGAUAGAAUUGUAACGGCCUCAACUGCGAAAAUGCAAGAAAGCACACAAGAAGACGUGCAGGGCAUUUGGCGCACCCCAUCAGGAGCAGAAACCACCUUUACUCUCAAAGAAAAAGAAGUAUCUGUUGAGAAACGAACACUCUCGACAAAAGCCUCAUUGCAAGAGGAUGUACUUAUGAGUGAGGAAAAAAUCCAUGACGUUUCUGCCAAAGUGGAAAGAAUAAUGAUGGAAAAGGAACACGAAGACGCUUCGAGGAAAUACUUCAUAGCUUCAGAAGCGUUGUCGAAGAGUGUGGAAAAGAGCGGAGUUGAAGCCGUAGCCGGUGAAUCAAUCUCAGAAAAACGAGUGGCAACGACCGCUGGCAAAUUCAGGGAAUUCUCCAAAGAAGAGACUGUUUUGGGACUUGUCGCUCACACCAUUGAGGCUCCACGGGGACAGCAUGAGGAGCAAAGUAUAUCUAUCCGAACUUCCAGCACAAUCCGCCUCGGCGAAAAUAUGGAGGCGUCUAAGGAGCAGUUCGCGGAUCAACCAGUCAUGCUGACCAAGGAUGAAGAUAAGAUGUCAAUGCAAUACGUUACUAGUCAAAAGCAAGAAAUUAUCGGCGUAGCCAGGUUGAAGGCAACACAAGAACAUCACGUAGAAGUAGAAGUAGACAGAACGAAACAAGAUCAAAUUGAAAACCAGUCAGAGCUGCUUGCAGACAAAUCUAAACAGGAGAGUGCGCUAGCAACCAGCGAAAGCAAAGAUGAAGCGGCCGCAGCGAUCGUAAGAGUUAUGGACACUUCCGUAGACGCUGAAACAACGCUGCGAAGUCGUGCGAUGGAAAUAGAACGAACGAUGAAAGAAGUAGUAGCAAGCAGUGAAGUUGUUGCUGAGGCAAUGUGCGAGUUAAGCAUGGCUGCCACAGCCGACGCUACACAAAUCGUAGAUGAUAGGGAGCAAGCGAGCGAAUUACGUCGCCUAGGGAUUAGCGAGCGACAGGAACACAUAGUUUUAGAUCAUCCAUCGCAAUCUGCUGAUGUUGUAGGUGCGCAGACGUAUUUCCAUCAGGAAAGCCAAUCAAGUGUUCAAAGGGAGUACGGCCGCGAAGAACAGAUCCAGGCACUUUCUAUGUCAAGGAUUGAAGCGCCCAGAAGACAGAGGGAGCAUGAGGAGAUAACUCAGAAGAUUAGCAGGACGUUAGCCCUGGAAAAGCAAGUGCAAGCAACAACGAAAGAUGUGGCAGAAAUCUCGACAGAUUUGAGUGCGGAAUUUGCCCACGCCCAUACUUAUAAGGAAAUGGCCGAUUUGCAAAGAGCGAAAAGUGUAGGUUGCCUGCAUGCGGCAACGGAAAAGGCGAUGGAAAUAGAAAAACACCUCAGUCAAAGUCAGCAUGAACUUUACACUGAGCGACGGUUCCAAACGUCCCGCGACGAAUUCCUGUCAUCGCAGUCCUACAGGGAGUUCAUCUCUGAGGUACAAGGUCUUACCACGCAGUGGGAUAUCAUCGAAACUGAUCAGGCGGCGCUAAUUUGUUGGAAAGAUAUGAACCAACAGACAUCGCAGCUGCUCACCAAGGCAGUAACGGACGAAGACAUCGGAACCACCUUAGACUUGACCAUUAGACGCCCUACUCGACAUGAUGAACUGGAACUGCCACUUGGUUCUCAGGAUUCGGUAGAACGUCAACUGAGCAUUGAUGAGAGAGAAACUAGUUUGAGUCUUCAACGAAGCACUUCUACCUCGGUGGCUCAGCACACUGCGCCAGUGAAGGCUAAGACUGAAAAUCAUGGAGAGUUCCAUGAGUUUUCCAAAGAAGAAGCGACGACUACUACUGAAUUUGGAAAGCUCAGAUCGAAACGCGUACUUCAGGAGGAUGUGACGAAGAGUGUGGCUGACACCAGAAAAUUGGUAGAGAUGCAUUCGACCGCAGCAUCACAAGAAAUCGAAACUUCAGUGGAAAAUCUGCUCGCACGGCAGUUUGAAGAAGAGGCCAGUGCAAAACUCGUCACUACUGCAAAUCAAUUAGAACACCAUGAACGACUAGCUGCUACUAAGGAAUCUUCUCUAAAUUCUACUAUGCUAUUUCAACGAAAGGACGAGAUAGCCACUGUGGAAAAGUUGAACGAAGACAAAAUUGUGGUGAAAGACACUGGCAGAAUGUCCGAAUCCAAAGAAGAAGUGGCAGUUUCUCGCUACGAUACUUAUGUGGACGAACUGUCCGAAUCGAAAACUAUUGCGAUAAGCAAUCAUGAUUAUUCUGAGGUCAAUUUGCGUGGAAUAGAAGAGUCAAGAACGGAAUCGUCAGCUAACAUCGGAAAAGGCGAAGAAAUACAAAUCGCGCAACGAGACAUACCACUGAAGAGCAGUGAGACUCAAGAACGAAAGUUCCUGAUUCAAAUGACAAAAUCCGAGAAGCAUUUGGAACGAGUUGACGAUGAAGAAGUGUCCGAAAGCAUUAACACAAUGUCUGUAAAAGAGCUAGCAACCGGACACUAUCAUGAAUACGGUGAUGAAAAUAUGCAAAUUUGCACACUUUUCGGAAAGAUCGUUCAGAAAAAAUUCGAGGCUGAUGAGGUUGAGGAUUCGCUACCGGUAGCUCGAAGAUGGCAGGAGAAAUUCGCCACAGAAGCAGCUGGCGAUGAGAAUAUAGUGGUAACGCCUUAUCUUGAGAAAGUAUCCUCCUUGGAGGAGCUUACGAAAAUAAUACGAGCAGUAAAUGACAGCCAAGCAAUCUCACAGAUGAAGGCGUCAACUUCAGAAGCGGCCACAUUUACAUCUGCCUAUUCAAAAUCAGGACAUAGGGAGACUACAAGCAUAAAACUUCGAGCGAGAUCCAAGGAACGAGCAGAGAAAAAGUUGCAGGAACAAGAAUGGAAUUUGCAAUCGACUUCAUCGGAAUGGCAGACCAUCUUAAACGAUCUAGAGGCCGAAAUCACUCAAGCAGAAGCGCUACAGGAAAGCUUCACACUAUUCACCAAAGCCUCGGCUUCCACAGCCAUUCUAAAAGAAGAGCAGAUUUCCAGACAGGAAACUUCGUACGGAAUUGGACGUUCCAUAUCCACUGCAUCUCUGAGCAAGGAAACAAAAACGUUCGGCAUCGACCACGAAGAGAAAACGCUCCAUAUAGAUCGUUACGAUGAGGAUUUCGCCGAGAUCGAGCAAUUUGUGGAUGAAAUAAAUCGAGAGCGAGGAGUUGUCAAGUCAUUCCGUGAAUAUGGCCAUGAGGAGAGCGAUAGUGGCAUCGCGCUCAUCCGAAGGACUCUCGCAAGAACCAAGGAGUCAUGUAGUCAUACAGUUAGCGUUUCCGCAUCACUUCAGCAAACGUUUGUCACUCAUGCUGCAGAGGACGAUCGUCGCGACGCCGUCGUGGAACUCACACUGCCAAGCUCCUCGUUAGGUACUGAAGUUGUUCCUAAAAUUCCCUUGAAGGAAUCAGUCAGUUUAUCUACAAAACAUGUCAGUGAAGAGACAGCAAGCACUACCUUGAAUUACAAUCGAUGCAAUGAACGGGCUUACGAAACCACGGCAAAGAGAAAGCAUUUCAUCAGAGAAAAGAGCACCGAAACGAUAAAGGAGGUUGAGGAAGGAGAAGUGGAGAUUCUUUCCAAAUGGGAAGGUGUCGAAAGAGAUCUUGAAGCUGAACUGCUUCUGCCAAGGAAGUUGGCGGUAACAUCGAGCUUGGCCACAUUCCAAACCUCUGAGCAAGUAGAAACUCUGACAAAGGCUAUGAUUAUGCCCGAAGAAGCGCUUCAAACGGUUUUGGUGAGAACUAUCAUUCCAAUUGAAGCGAUCGCUAGAAACUUUGCUAUUGAAGAACUGGUGAUGGAUUCUUCCCUAGAAACUAAACCUACAGAUAUCCUUGUAAAUGAAAUUACAUUGGCAGACAAGGUGCUCAGAAAGGAAAUGUGGAGAUUGAGGGAGAGCGGUGAUGUCAAAUUUAAUGCUGUAAUUAAUCUACAUAAAUUCGAAAUCCAAAAGCCUACACAAAAGAGGGAAGUGUGCUUGCCAGAGAAGAUCUGCAUUUCAGCAGCUCCAUUAUAUCUCAAAGCAGAUGCAGUGGAAACCGAUGUCGUCUGGGUAACUCCCCAUCUGCUCAAGACACCCGAUCAGUUCACUGUCGGAAAGAAGGUUGACGCCGCCAAUACGAUGCCGGCGAUGCGAAUGAAGACGAUGGAAUGUGGGGACGAGAAGAUUCGUCUGGCAGUGGAGCUUCUAGGAACAAAGGGAGGAGUUGAGAUGAGCGCCAUCGAGUGGCCACUUCCGAACAAGGCGGAGAGUAUUGUAAUGGAAACGGAAGAGUUCGGAGAUGAGCAUACGGUCCUCUACGGGCAGAUUAACAGCAAGCAAAUAGAUUACGGAGAUACUGAGCUGACAAGAGCUAUUCCUCGAGUAGAAAUCCUUUCGCUUAGAACACUGGAAAGCAAAGAAGAGGCCGAAGAAAUCCCAGUUGAGCUUGGUAUCCGCAACCAGGAAGAGAAAUUCGACAAGUUGGUUAACAUUGGCACUAAAGGUGACAAUAUCAGCUUGAAAUGUUUGGAGAGUGGAGAUGAGACUGUUGUUCUUGGACUUGCUUAUGAUACUCCAGAUGUUCUUGAACAUACUUUGAACAAAUGGACCGAUAAGCGCUAUGGUGGCGAUUAUUAUCUUUACGCUAGAACGCCUACUUCUGAAGAUCGCAUGGCAACAAUAAUGUUAGCCCAGAAGGUUCAGCUAGAAAACUUACAUUAUAAGCAGAUCCAGCGCAUAAAAUCCGAGAUCAACCUGAGAGUUACCGCUGCUACAACAGAAAACACUACAGUACACCUGAACUAUGAGUCACCUAUGCGAAAAGAGAACGCGGCUACCACAAAACCAUGCCCGAACAUUGCGGAACCCUAUGUGGGCAGAUUUAUGGAGAGCCAAGAAGAAUUUGCAAAUAUCUACUAUGAUUUCGGUCUCCCAGGUUCUCCGCGUGUUGUUGAUUUGAUUCAGAAGGUUCCGCUUACUAUAGAAGGAGCAAAAUUGACUUGUGAAGCCGCCGACGACGUCCACAUCGAGUCCAAUCCUGCACUUGGUCAAGAGCCACAGUUUGCAGUUGCAUCUACUCUUGUUAAGGAUUCAAAUAAGAUUGAGCCAGCUUCCCUUAACACAUUAGAACCCACAUCUCUAACCAUUAGCUACGCCACCAGCUAUAACAAGGCUGAUGAAAGCGUUCAGCACCUAUUUGUUCACAAAGAUGUCCAUCGCGGAUCAGAUAUUAAGGUAACGAUGAGAGAAAGUCGAGAGGAGAAACACACGCUCUAUCAACAGUACGAGCAGGAAGCCAUGAAAGAGGCAGUGGAGAAGACUCACGCAAUUGCAUGGUUCGGCGGAAGAUUCCAGCUCAGCGCCGAUGCUUCAGAAGUACAUGAGAUUAGUGCCACCAGAGAAAUUGAGAAGAUCCGCGAAGCUGUGGCACAUUGCGAAAAACAGACAAUUCUUGCCGAAGUUGCUCAGCCGCAACAGAUAACCACAAAGGCAGCUACUAGCGAGACUGUAACUCUGGAUCGCGACUGGAAACGCGACGACAUCACCUAUACGAUUGGCAAGAUGAUGGUGGCUGCCAACUCAGAAAGCGCAACAAUGAGAGUGGAAGAGAGCGCGGAAAACAUAGAGAACAUCUAUCCAAUCUUUAAUAAACCAAACGACAAAUUCGAUUUAGACCGUACGAUGUACAUCCCGAGACAUGGUGGAGUGCAGAUGCUCAACGCCAAGGCUGCUGAUGAUGUUUGCGAAUCAUUUACUGCCGAUCUUGUCAAGCCGACCACCCAGGAUUUGCAAGCAAAGCACACUACUAUCAUCGCUAACACCACCACACCGGCUCAACUUCACACCUAUUCAUUCAAGACUACAGAUCUGGUAAUAAACCAGGAUCUGUGUCGCAGCAGUGACAAUGAAGUGGACAGAAAGACGUUCACCGCAGCUAAUAAGGGGAUUCCAAUUACCUUUACUGCUACGGAGUCACUAGAAAAGACAAUAGCUUCGGCUACGAGCCUUCGCCGCGACGACAGCACUCAUCGUGAGUCGAUUCUCAUCAAGGACAAGCGUUAUGGAGGUGCUGUGGAACUGUCCACCAAGUACGCGACUGACGUUACAUCGACAAUGAGCGGCACUCUGUUAUGUCCACGACCAACAGAUUUAUCUUCACAGAAACUAAUAGUAAUAGGAAACAAUACUUCACCGAUUAAGCUCAACACCUAUGCUAGCAUUAUGGAACAACGUUUGGUGGAUACUGUAUGGAAUCGACAAGAAGAGCAAUAUACAGUAUCGAAGAAAGUCUCCGCAGCAAACAUGGACUCGGAAGCGAUAACACUCAGAGAGGCUGGCGACAACCAUGAAACUACACAUUGCGCUUACAAUCGUGACGCCGCCGAAGCGGAAAUUGCGAAGACGAUGGAAGAAAAGAGGAAAGGAGGAGUGGUAUCGCUGAAUACGAAAUCUAGCAGAGAAUGUGCUUCUGAAUCCGAUGAAACGCUUGUCGCCAGCCGUCUGGCGCUUGUGCAAGUGGAAAAGAUCGUAGUCAUAGCAAACAAAGUUCCUGGAGUGACACUUUCGACGUUCGCUACAAGUGUAGAGACGCAGACAUUAACGGAAGAUUGGUAUAAGCCAGAAAGCCGUGAGAUGAAAGAAAUUGUGCUAAAAACACCGCAGCUCGGUGAACCUACAGAGAUGUCGGCUGGAGAAACCACUGACACCAUGGAAAACGUUUUCAUCCAACUGCAGAGAAAGGAUGCUAAGGAAGAUGUUACCGGUACCACUUUCAUUCCCUUCAAAGGCGAACCAUCCAUUUUGUACAAGAAAGCUUCUGGGGAUACGUACGCAAAUGUGGAAUCUUCUCUGCAAUGUUUGGAAACCUUCGAGUUGGAUGCGUCAGUAGUGGUAACCGAUCGAAAUACAACAGAAACCCCAACACUCUCUUGUGUGUGCUCGACUGAAGCAUCCACAUCGGGUGUAUUCAAUCUUAGUCGUCUUGGUGAUUCUCAGGCAGUGAGAGAGGUGAAGGAGGCGGUUAAUCGUGGCCUAGGCAUAAUCGUAAACAUGUAUGAAUCCACGCUCGAAUCUGAAAGUUCCACUAUUGUUUAUGAACGCGAUGAUAGUACAGCGUUCAUUUCAGAGACAAUCCAUGUUCCUAGAGAAGGCGGCAAGUUCCUGCUAUCCACUGGUCACGCGAAGGAAGAAUCGGCUAUUGUGGACGUCAGCUGGACAAAGCACCGCGAGGAUCUGCUGGAAGCGUUGUGGAAGAAGAUUCUAAGGAACGAGGAAAGUCCAGUGGAAUUGUUCGCUUCGGCAACUGAGGAAUGCGCCACUGGCGUCAGUAGCCUCCUUCAAAAGAGUUCUCAAGUUGAACUAACCUCAAUAAAGAGAGACGCACCAAGGUUAGGUGAACAUGUUUCGAAAUCAAUUAUCGAGUCCACCACUGUGGAGGAGAUCAGCAAUGUUCAACUCCGUCGUGAGGAAGGACAUACCGAGGUUGAGAGUGUCGUCAAACUUGCAGCCUACGGCGGCAGUGCUGACUUGCAGACCAGUUAUGCAGAAGAAAAUCACACCGCUAUCACCCCGCAAAUUGUCAAGCCAGAAUCAACAGAAGCGAAAGAAACGGUCAGAGUUAUCCAUCGCGAGGAAACUGCAGAAACGUGGGUAAGCGCGGCAUCUGAGGAGGCAAUCGGUUCCGGAUUUGCCAUAGAUAGUGGUCGCUCUUCACAAGAAUCUACACUAAUAACAAAAGUCGCUUCAAACACUGCUGAACCAGUCAAGUUCAGCUCUAUGGAAGUCGUUGAUAACGUAAUUUCCACAAACUAUGCACUCAACAGCGAAGCUAAGGGUGUAGUGGAAGAAUCUACGUUGAAGGAAGCGAGAUAUGGAGGUGGAGCGAAUCUAUACUGCCAAGCUGCCAGCGAAAUUUCACCUGAUACUAUCACCGCCAGCCUUAGAAGCGAGAAUGAAGAGCAGGAGAAAAGCUUCAGCGUUAAAAUUGCUCGAGAAGAAACUUCAACAUUAUCUACAAGCGCCUCUUCCGAAGAAUCAAUCACUGCCACUAAGGAUGUGCUCUGCAGCAGAAUCGCUGUCGAGGACGUAUCUACGACUCGUGAUGAGGUAGUUGUAGGCCCGCGAACAGGUCUCGUUUCGAAAUGUAGCGAGGAGACGAUCUUCCAUCUCUACUACAGUUGUGAAUACCAGCCCACUUUGUCCACGAUGGAGGUGUCCAUAACACGUGCAGAGGUUCUCGUAGGACAGCCAACAGGCCUCAAAUCGAAGUGUAGCGAGGAAACUAUCUUCCAUCUCAAUUACAGUUAUGAUUACCAGCCUGUUGAAUUCACGGCAACAUUCGUGAGUUCGGAAUCGCGCAAAGAAGGUGAAGUACGAGUUGAGAUGGAGGCAGCGCGCAGUGAACGCGUAGAUACUGAAGAGUUGUCGGUCAGCCGCCGUAUGGUGGAGGUCGAGGUGGAAGGCGUCGUAAUGCGCGGCGCGCGUGAAACAUCACCCCUUUUACUACAUACAGAGUCCACAUCCGAGUCGAUAGUGCGUAUGGAGCAGUCUAUCGAAAAGGUACAUCUGCGAAUGCAAGAGGUCGAAGAAGAACACACCAGGAGUGAAUCCGAGGAACGAAGGAAGAGAUCGUCCCAGAAAGAUAUUACAGAGGUCAGUUUCGCGUCGGAAGUUACCGAGAAGACGAUGGAGAUGAUCGAUCACAGUCUGGACAUGAACAUGUCGAUGACAGUGGAACCCGCCUUCCAGAAGCCGUCCAUUAUCAAAAAGCCGAUGAAGAAGGAACGUGAACAUCGACACAGAGAGUUGAGACGAAACGAGGCACCAGCAUUCGCCCCAAUGCGUCGCAACAGCCUUCUCCAAGCGCUUGCAAUUGGCAGCCCUCACAAUGUUCCGCAUUUCAAAACACUUCAGGAUAUUAUUCGAGCGAUAAAACACGCAGGUCUCGAGUAUUCGAACCUGAUUUUCGGUAUCGACUACACAAAGUCGAACUGUUACCAAGGUGAACGAACGUUUGACGGUCGUACACUGCAUUAUUUGGACAAGAGUGGAGAAAUGAAUCCAUAUCAGCAGGUCAUCGAAAUUGUGGGCAAAACGUUGUCGUCAUUCGAUGCGGACGGUAUGAUUCCAGCAUAUGGUUUCGGUGACGAGGAGUUCACCGACAAAGGCAUUUUCAACAUAGCCGAUCGAUAUAACCUUGAAAAGGAUUGUAACGGAUUUGAAGAGGUCCUCAGAGUAUACAACGAAGUGACCCCGAAGGUAACUAUGAGUGGACCAACGAAUUUUGUUCCGUUGAUCGAACGUGCAGUGGAAAUUUGCAAAGAGAAGCAUUCCUAUCACAUCCUCGUUAUUGUUGCCGACGGUCAAGUGACGAACGAGAAGAUCAAUCAAAAGGCAAUCGCUGCUGCAUCACAUUAUCCGCUCAGCAUUAUUAUGGUCGGUGUUGGUGAUGGUCCUUGGAAUAUGAUGGGACGAUUCGAUGAAAACAUUCCCAAACGGUUAUUCGACAACUUCCACUUUGUCGAUUUUCACAAGGUCAUGUUCAACGCGCCGAACGCUGAAGCAUCGUUCGCGUUGAAUGCUCUAAUGGAAAUUCCGGAUCAAUACAAAGCAAUCAAGGAGCUCGGACUGUUGAAACACAGUCGAAGGGGUUAA